AUGUUCAAAGGCCCCGUGGGAAUCCAAUCACUUUUGAAGGACGGCACUCAGAGCUACGCCGGAGUUGAUGAGGCCUUGCUGAAGAAUAUGGAGGCCAGCAAAUACGUCUCUGAGAUCACCAAGACUUCUCUAGGCCCCUGCGGUACCAACAAACUGAUUGUCAACCAUAUCAACAAGCACUUUGUAACCAGCGACACUGCUACCAUGCUCAAGGAGCUCGACAUAUUCCAUCCGGCAGCCAAGUUAGUGGUGAUGGCUGUCCAGGCUCAGGAACAGGAGUGUGGUGACGCUACUAAUUUGGUAUCGAUUAUCAUUGGAGAACUGCUUGAGAACGCCGAACAGCUGUUGAAGCAAGGCAUUCAUGCUUCGGAUAUCAUCCGUGGAUACGAGAUGGCCGGUGACCGUGUGGUUAAGUACCUAAACGAUAACGAUGAUUUGGUUGCAUAUACCUUAGGGGAUGUCAAAAGCGUGGACCAGAUCAGUACCGCCAUCAAGUCUGUCUUGGGAGCAAAACAAUAUGGCCUUGAGGACACUUUGACUCGCCUCGUAGCAACUGCAUGCUGCUCGGUUAUGCCUGAGGACCCCAAGAAGUUUGACAUCGAUAACAUCAGAGUGGCCAAGCUGCCUGGUUGCGGCAACAUGGAUACUAUGGGCAUCGAGAAGCAUAAGAAGAACUGCAAGUUGCUGAUUACUUAUUCUGCCAUCCCCCGCAAGAUGACUGGCACCGAGACUCAAGGCACGGUUCUGCUCGAGUCGGGUAAACAAUUGAUGGACUUCGCCAAGGGCGAGGAGAAAAAGAUGGAGGAAUUUGUCCUGAGCUUAGUGGAAGCCGGCGUUGAGGCGGUCAUUGUGGGAGGUUCAAUUCAAGACAUCGCCCUUCACUUCCUCAACAAGCAUCAUAUCCUUGCUAUCAAAUGUACUUCCAAAUUCGAAAUGCGUCGUCUCUGCCGUACUUUGGGUGCUACCGGUAUCGUCCGACUCGGCGCGCCUCUACCGGAUGAGCUCGGCUAUGCUGAGAGCAUCGAUGUUGAGGAAAUCUCCAGUGCUAAGGUCACUGUUGUCCGAGCUGCAGACUCGAAGGUAUCUACGAUCGUCCUUAGAGGUGCUACUGGCAACUUCCUGGAUGAGGUUGAACGCGCUAUUGAUGAUGCAGUUAACGUCGUCCGAUGCUGUGCUGUGAAGGGACAGAGAGAGUUCGUCGUUGGCGGUGGUGGAUGCGAGAUCUCUUUAAGUCUCGACAUUGCCAAGUUCGGUCAGGAGUGCUCCGGUCUCGAGCAAUAUGCUGUUUUGAAAUUCGCGGAGUCAUUCGAGAUUGUUGCGAACAUCAUAGCAGAAAACGCUGGCCUUAACGCCAUGGACGCUGUCACAACCUUGAAGGCUGCUCAUGCUUCGGGUAACAACCGAAUGUGUGUCGAUGUUGAUGCACCGAACCGACGUGCCUCCCCAAUCUGUGAUGCUGUGUCCAAGUCCAUCCUGGAUAACCGCGGCAUCAAGUCGUGGGCUAUACGACUGGCCAUUGACGCCGUAUUGACUAUCCUCAGAAUUCAGCACAUCAUUGUCGCCAAGCAGGCCGGCGGUCCCCAGACCAAGGUAACCUCAUCGUGGUCGCUGUGA